UGUGCGCGUCUGGUCCUAUCUUAAUUUCCGGCAAAUUUUUUCGAUUCAGCUUGUCGAGAUGCAACGAACCAUACCAAAGCGUACUGAAUUCGACUAUUUUGAAUGAAGUUAUAGCUCUGCGGUAAGUUGGGCUACGCUGUACGUUGGUCUGAGCCACAAAACAUACAUCUGCAUGUGUUUCAAGGGAUAAUCAUCCUAUAAAAGCCUAUCUUUAACUAAACAACCUUCACAUAAAUCCAACACUCUUCAAUCGUCUCAACAAAAUUUGUGUUUUCCUGCUUCUCGUCAAGUCAACGACCGCUAAGGAAUGAAGUCUAAGAGCAUCUACAACAUUGCACUUGCUGUCACAAUUCUUCUUUUGCCGCUGCUAGAAGGAAAGGUCAACACCACCACCGCAGAUAAAGGAGAGAAAGAAGUGCUGCAAGCAGAACAAGACAAAAGAUUCGUUGGCCUGGCAAAACACCUCUUGAAGAAGGACAAAGUGACACUUGCUAAGGGCUCAGAACCUGCAACCACCCAAGAAGACUACGAAAAAUACAAAAAGCUCUUUCCUGAUGCAUGCGACGUUAAACUUGGCGAAGGUGCAAAGAAAGGAGAGGCUGGAUAUAUCGUUGUUAGCUACUCCAAAAAUUCCAAAGCGGCGCAAAAAGGCUGCACUUUGGAUCUCUACACCAAUCUUAAGAACAAGAUCGAGUUCAAGACUUCCUUGAAAAAUGAUAAUGGAGGAGGUCCCGAAGGAUGUGUGAAGGAAGAUUGCGAUAACUACAAUGAUAAUGUACUGCCCUUCGCUUAUAGCCUUCCAACCAUUCUAAAGGAUCUCAUAAAUGAAGGACCAAUUCAAGGAAAGUCUGGCAAAGGCUGUAAAAGUGAAAUCUGUGUAGAAGAAAAAUGUAUCCAAAAGACGGGUCUUGAGCUUAGAUGGAGCAGAACUACUAGCUUUGAUAUCGCCCUUGUGAUCAAUCCAAUUGGAAGCCCUGGAUAUAAAAAAACGUCUGAGCAAAUGAAGAUAUUCUACGGAGAACCGCCGGAGUAUCCAACAGUGAAGGUUGAACGAACAAAUUAUUCUGUCUGUUUUGAUAGUACUGAAAUAAUAGAAUACUCUAACUAUAACUGUACACCUGAUCCUGCUGGGAAUGUCCUUACACCUAUGACAUGGGAAAUCAUUGGAGCAAAGUCAAAUCAAAAGAAGAAACAUCUACUUGUCUUCCAUCUUCUUCCGCAAAAGGCAUCGCGAAUUAUACAAUGGGAUCCAAAUAAUGAUAAUCCAAAAGUAAAGAAAUUUCCGCCAAACGGGCCUGAAUGCGAGGAGCUUCGAAUUCUUUUUUCAACGGACAAAUAUGACUUGCUGACUGUCGUUCCGUCUACUACGACCACCAGUACAUCAACAACAACUUCCACUCAAACGACAACUACAACGGUUACAACAACUGAAGAACCUAAAGGCUCUGUGACUAUCAUCAUUGUAAUUGUUGUGGUUCUUCUGUGUAGCUCUUGUAGCGGGGCAAUUGUCUACUUUGUCUUCAUGAAGAAGGGCGGCGACUCUGAUGGAGACAAAUCAAAGAUGGACGAUAAAGGCACAAAAUCUAAAAAGGACGACAAAGGCAACAAGUCAAAGAUGGACAAUGACUCCAAUGACAAAACUACCAACUCGGAAGCAGAGACGAAUUCAAAAGUGAAGGAUGCUGAAGAAGGCAAAAAGGAGGGAACUAGUUCUACUGCAAUCGAAGAGACAAAGUCUAUGGGAAAAAUAUAA